AUGCGAUGCGAUGUUUUAGAGCCGGAAGAACAAACUAUUGCUCGUUUUCUUGGAGGGCUACGAUAUGAAAUUGGAAAUGUGGUCCAAUUGCAGAAAUAUUUGACAUAUAAUGAUGUAUGUCAAUUGGCUCUCAAAGUUGAAAAACAACAAAAAAAAUCGAGUCAUUUUGGGGGACGUUUCUCAUCGGGUGGUGGUGCCUAUAACCGAGGAAGUGCUUCUACUUCCAAGAACAGUCCAGCUAUAAAAGACGUAAAACAUAAAUAUUUUACAAGUAAGGAUGGUGGUGCUGCUAGUUUUGAAAAAUUAAGUGGUACAACUAAUCAAAAAACUUGUUUCAAGUGCAAAGGGUUCAGACAUUUUGCCGUUGAUUGUCCAAAUCGAAGAAUCAUUACUCUCGUUGAGGAAGAAUAUGAAGAAGAGAAUGAAGAGACAACACCAAUUUACGAUGAAUGUAACGAGGAGGGAGAUAUCACUUAUGAAGAUUAUGGGGAAGCUUUAGUAAUACGGCGUAUCCUCAACACCACUUAUGUUCCAGAUGAUUCAUGGCUUCGUAAUAAUAUUUUUCACACUAGAUGCACGUCAAAUGGCAAGGUGUGUGACAUCAUUGUCGAUGGAGGAAGCUGCGAAAAUGUUGUGGCUACAGCUAUGGUGGAGAAGCUGCAAUUAAAAACCGAAAAUCAUCAUCGACCUUACAAAUUAUCAUGGCUUCGGAAAGGUAAUGAAGUAAAGGUAAAUAAUCGAUGUCUCGUUCAAUUUUCUAUUGGAGAAAAGUACAAAGAUGAAGUUUGGUGUGAUGUUAUCCCUAUGGAUGUUUGUCAUUUGCUUCUUGGAAGAACUUGGCAAUUUGAUAGGAAAACGCAACAUGAUGGAUUCAAAAAUACCUAUACUUUUAUAAAAGAUGGCGAGAAAAUAAUUUUGGGACCUUCAAGAAUGAAGGACAUUGUUAAACCAUCAAAGGAAGAAGGAAAUAAUUUGCUCGCCAAAUCACAAUUUGAGGAUGUAAUGAAUGAAUCAUUAGGGGCGUUUGCAUUGGUGGUUUUGGGAGAAAACAAGGAAGAUAAUAUUAUUCCUCUACAAGUGCGACCUUUUUUACAAGAAUUUGUUGAUGUCGUACCUGAAGAGAUUCCUACGGGUCUUCCUCCCAUGCGAAAUAUUCAACAUUGUGUUGAUCUAAUCCCUGGUGCGUCAAUCCCAAAUAAAGCUGCUCAUAGAAUGAAUCCUAAGAAAUAUGAAGAGUUGCAGCGACAAGUUGAAGACUUGCUGGCAAGAGGUCUUAUACAAGAAAGUAAGAGUCCUUGUGCUGUGUCAGCACUUCUUGUGCCAAAAAAAGAUGGUUCGUGGCGUAUGUGUGUUGAUAGUAGGGCGGUGAAUAAAAUCACGAUCAAAUACCGUUUUCCUAUUCCUUGCCUCGAUGAUCUCUUUGAUCAACUUCACGGCUUCAAAAUUGGUUUCAAGAUUGAUUUACGGAGUGGCUAUCAUCAAAUUCGAAUGCGGCAUGGAGAUGAGUGGAAAACCGCUUUCAAGACCAGAGAUGGUCUUUACGAGUGGCUGGUUAUGCCAUUUGGACUUUCUAAUGCACCAUCUACAUUUAUGCGACUUAUGAAUCACAUGUUUAAACCAUUUAUUGGGAAAUUUGUUGUUGUCUAUUUUGACGAUAUUCUUGUGUACAGCUCUAGUCCAGAAGAGCAUUUAAAUCAUCUUCGACAAGUUUUUAGGGUGCUAAGAGAAUAG